GUGUACGUGUGUACAGGAGGAGCAGGUGGCAGCAAUCGCGCUGGAGCUUUAAGAGCCGAGAGGUGGAGGCUGGAGAACGCAUUUCCCGUCGGAUACUUGGAUCAGCCGAAGAAGGAGGAUCGUUUUCAAGGGAGCUCUCGCGCAACCUGUGCACGUUCUCCUUCUUCGUCAGCAACAGCGACAGGGAAGACUGAAAAGGCCACGCGUCGAGGAUGAGGCAAGUGGUCGUGCUGGAGCCGGCUGGCAGCGUUCUGGUGAUCAGGCAGACUUCCCUAGGCGGCAACGUCACUACCGGCAACACCAAUUCCAAUGCUGGCUCCAAUAACGUUCACGAGACACAUGGGCUCGCCAAUCAUGCCGCCGUGUCCACGAUUGCCUCCAAUGAUCACAAUCAGAAUCGUAUCGUCGUCGUCCGCUCAUCCUCGUCGACCUGCAUGACCACCACGUGCGACAAGGUUCCACGGAAGACGUCCUGUCUGUUUCACCAGGCCGACAAUCACGUAUCAGCGAAUAGUAACGGGAACGUGAACGUGAACGCUAACCUGAACGGAAACGCCGGUGGUAUCGUUAGCAAAACAUCAUCGAAGGUCGGUGUCGGUACCAAGGUGAACGAGAGAAACGAUCAUCUCAGGAACGAUCACAAGAGCCAAGAUGGGAUCGGUACGGGCGAAUCGAACUCUGGAUGUCGUCCAAGGACGAGCAAGGAAGCAGCUCACGAGAACGUCUCCUUAGACAGGAAGCUCGAUGGCGCGGAUCCCAUCUCCGGUAAGUACUUCCGCCGUUACUUGCUUUUACCUUUGACGGACCAGCCGAUCCCGUCUGUGAAUUAUUUAUUCCUGCAUCGGGCCACUCCCGAACGGCGAGUUCAGAUCAUUUUCCUUAGAUGUUUAUACGUCGACGAGAGGAGACGACAUCGUGUAACGGUCUUCGCUAGCGAUGAGAUCAUGUUCGACGAUCGAGGUGCGGUAGAAGGAAAGAAAUUAAAUUUGUUUCGGAUUGCUUUGGGUGAAUUGCACAUAGAUUGGAAAGGGUUAUGGUACGGAGGUGUGGGUGUACCUUUUGUAUUUGUUAUUAGAGGGGAUAAUGACCGAUAUCUUCGAGGGUACAAUUUUGUUGAUUAUACUGUAGAAUUACAUUUCGUUUGUUAUAUACUAUAUUAAAUAUAAUAGGUGUAUUAUAUAAAAUAUAGUGGAUACAAGUUUAUUAUAUUUAUGUAAUAUUUGAAUACUAUCUUAUAAUUUAUACCGUAACGUAGAAUCGUGUUCGAUGCUGUAGAUCAUUGGAAUAGGAAUCGAGUACCUACUAUGCAGAGAUAGAAAGUUGGCUAGUGGGUCUGACUGG